UUAUUUGUUCCAUGGUUUGUGUUUUGGUUUUCAUAGAUCAAACUAACUUAAGAUUUAGAUGUUAUGCAAAGUAAAUAGUAUGUUUAUUGAAAUGUCUAAGCUGCACUAAUUUCUUAAUGCCUGCUUCAAACCUUUCACAAUAUAUUAUGAAGUGAACAAAUCCAGUUUUAGCAAAAGGAUUUGAAGUCUGAAACAUAGAGUUGUCUUCACAAAAUUGAACUGGUCUAAUUACUUCAGUGGUUCAAUUAGCAUCAGAAAAGUCUGUUUAUAAAUGUUCAGCUACUUACCAUUUCCAAGCCAAUUUUAUUCAUGUUCUUGAUAUGUUCUUAUAACAAAUCACAAUGGUUGAGUUAAAAGGAUAUGUGAGAACAACAUUCAUACCUAAGAACUUGCCAUGAAAAGUAUGUGGCCAACCAACCAUAAUUCUACCUCCAUUAUAUAGGCAAGUUCUUGGUGUACACAGUUGACUCAUGACAUCUAAACUUCAUUAUUAGACCCUUAACUAGUUUCAACACCUUGCUCUCAUUAACAUCAUUCAUCAUGGAAAAUCUUAGAGAAGAUGAGAUUGAAGACAACAUGUCGAUGUCACCACCUUCCGUCGGUUCCAUGCAGAUUGCAGGAAGCAAUGGCUUUGGUCACAGCAUGGAGUUCAUGUCUCAGGCGUACCUUCACAAUCGCUACCCGGAGAUUGAUAUACAAGUUGAGGAUUCCACUUUCAAUCAAGAUCCUCCUCUUCCUGUAUAUCUCAAGUUUGAAGAUGUAGAGUUCAAAGUGCGAAAUAGCCAAGUAGCUUCCAAGAACCCUGUGAAGACAAUGGUGUCAAAGGUAGCCACACAAAACAAUGUCGAAGAGAAAAACAAAUAUAAGAAAAUUUUGAAAGGUAUCACCGGAAGCAUUGGCCCGGGCGAAAUUCUUGCUUUGAUGGGUCCGUCUGGUAGUGGAAAGACAACAUUGUUGAGAGUUGUAGGAGGAAGAUUGCUUGAUAAUGUUAAGGGAAAGAUAACUUACAAUGAUGUUCCAUAUAGUCCCGCUCUAAAAAGGAGGAUUGGAUUUGUAACACAAGAGGAUGUGCUUUUCCCGCAACUUACGGUAGAAGAAACAUUAAUCUUCUCAGCAUUCUUAAGGCUACCAACCAACAUGAGCAAGCAACAAAAAUAUGCCAGAGUUGAGAACACUGUCAAGGAUCUAGGCCUAGAAAGAUGUCGUCACACGAAAAUAGGCGGAGGAUAUCUCAAAGGCAUAUCAGGAGGAGAAAGGAAGAGAACCAGCAUAGGUUAUGAAAUUCUUGUUGAUCCUUCAUUGCUGCUACUUGAUGAGCCAACUUCGGGCCUUGAUUCUACGUCGGCAAACAAACUCCUUCUCACCCUUCAGGGACUUGCCAAGGCUGGAAGAACUAUAAUCACAACAAUUCAUCAGCCAUCCAGCAGAAUCUUUCACAUGUUUGACAAACUUCUUCUGAUAUCAGAAGGCCAUCCUGUUUAUUAUGGAAAGGCUAGAGACACAAAUGAGUACUUUUCAUCCUUGAGAUUCAUCCCGGAAAUACCGAUGAAUCCCGCAGAGUUUUUGCUUGACUUAGCAACUGGACAAGUGAAUGAUAUCAGUGUUCCUCAAGAUAUUUUCAAAGAUCAAGAAUCUACUGACCCUUCAACAGCUGUUAUUAAGUAUGUACAACUCAAGUAUAAAGACAUAUUGGAGCCAAAAGAAAAACAAGAGAAUCAUAGAGGAGCAAACACACCAAAACAUCUUCAACUAGCCAUUCAGGUUAAAAAGGAAUGGACAUUGAGUUGGUUAGACCAAUUCAUUAUUCUUUAUAAGAGAACAUUCAGAGCAAGAUGCAAGGACUAUUUUGAUAUAUUAAGGCUAGUCCAAGCAAUUGGAAUCGCACUUUUGUUAGGCCUACUUUGGUGGAAAUCUUCAACUGACACAGAAGCUCAACUUCGAGAUCAGGUUGGUUUAAUGUUCUAUAUUUGUAUAUUUUGGACAUCUUCAUGUAUUUUUGGAGCCGUCUAUGUAUUUCCAUUUGAAAAAGUGUACUUGAGAAAAGAAAGGGUAGCAGAUAUGUAUAGACUAAGUGUAUACUAUGCAAGUAGCACUCUAUGUGACAUGGUGGCACAUGUUUUGUAUCCUACUUUUUUCAUGCUCAUUGUGUACUUCAUGGCGGGCUUUAAGAGCACUGUGGCUUGCUUCUUCCUUACGCUAUUCGCGGUUUUGCUGAUAGCGGUAACAAGUCAAGGAGCUGGAGAAUUAUUUGGAGCUGCAGUUAUGAGCAUUCAAAGAGCAGGAAUGGUUGCUUCUUUGAUACUUAUGUUGUUCCUUCUUACAGGUGGCUACUAUGUCCAGCAUAUACCAAAGUUCAUGCAAUGGUUGAAGUAUAUGUCAUUCAUGUACUAUGGAUUCAGGCUUCUUCUAAAAGUGCAAUAUUCAGGAGAUGAACUAUAUGAGUGUGAAAGUGAAGAUGGAUGCAAGACACUUCAAAGUUCACCUUCAUUUGAUACUGUAAACUUGAAUGGAGGUUUAACUGAAGUUUGGGUUCUGCUGGCUAUGGCUCUUUGCUUUAGAGUGUUUGCUUACUUUUGUCUACGUAGAAGGAUUGACAUAUCCAAUUAGUCUUUGAAGAAAAUGAAAGUUUCUUGUAUAAGGAAAUGAUGAAUAAUUAAUUUUGAAUAGAAUAUAGUAAGC